UGGCAAAACGUUGGUCAGCUUGAUAGUAAAGCGGAUAAUAUGGCGGAUUGCACCAUAUGAUUUGUGUUUGUUGUAUAAAUAUUUACGUCCAUCAGCUGGUAAAUUUUUGUUGAAACAACAUUUGAAGAUGUGUUCGGAAAAUAUAAAAUGUCGUUGUUGCUUCAAUCCCUCCGUGAAUUUGUUUAAAUUGUCGGCUAAAUCAAGAUUAUCAGGCGUGGAAGAAAAAACCUACAGUGAACUAUUACAGGAAGUAACAAGCAGCUGUGACACCAAUAUUUUCGGAUAUGAAGUUAAAAUACCACAGACUAUUUGCAGAAAAUGUGCAAAUCAACUGAAAAAUGUCUACCAAUUUAUUUUACAAACUCGAAAAGUUUAUGAGCAUUAUCUGCGUUCAUCUGAAUCGGAGGACAAGGAUGUGAAACCAUUAAGAAGUUCCGAAGACUUAGAGGAAAAUCUUAUAGAGAUACAGAGUAUUAAAGUAGAGUGCGAUGUGGAGACUUUGGUCGAAGAGGUGAAAAUAGAGAAUACCAGUGAAAAUGACUUGUUUCCCGCUGAUACGGUGGAGGCUAAAAGUUCGGACUACAUAACAGAAGAUAAUAAGUUUAGUGCAGACGGAGAGGACAUGUAUGAUUAUGAUGUAUUGAAAGAUUCUUCAAAUGAAAGGCAGCACAAGGAAAUGACCAAAAGUGACUCAUGUACCGACGAAGACCAGUUAGUGGAUGGAGAAGACAUGAUGUCAUUUGAACCCACUGCUAUACGUUGUGAUGUAUGUCAAAAAAUUUAUCGAGAUGAAAGAGCUCUUAAUAUACACAAACGUUAUACACAUAUGCCGGAAGAAGAGAAAAUGCCAUGUCCUUGCCCAGGAUGUGAUUUUAAAACAAGUCGUCUUUCAGCUUUGAAAGUUCACACCGGUCUUAUACAUGGAGCAGAAAAAUUUGAGGAAUAUUUUAAACAAAUUUCGGUAACUCGCAAAAAGUUUCUAUGUAACUUAUGCUGCCGUGGUUAUCAACGUAGGGAUGAUUUGAACAAACAUUUUCGAAAAAAGCAUAAGAAUCCAGAUACACCAACAAAACGAAAGAAAAAACCUAACAAAACAAAAGAGAAGUCUUGCUUUCUAUGUGCUUCUUGUGGCCAGUCAUACAACUCUAAAAAAGCCCUGGAUGACCAUCUUCUAAGUCACACAGGUGAAAGGCCUUUUCGAUGUGACCUAUGUGAAAAGACAUUUAAACGUAUGAAGGAUCUUAAUACACAUCGGGUUAUACACAGCGAUGAGAAACCCUUCCGAUGCUCUAAUUGUGGGAAAUCUUUUAAACGAGCAGACAAAUUAAAAAUACACAUGAGGGUUCAUUCUGAGUUAAGGCCCUAUCAAUGUGAACAUUGCGAGAAAACCUUUAAAUAUCAAAGUGUAUUAAGGACACAUAUGCAUAUGCAUACGGGUCCAACGACUUUCUCUUGUAAUACUUCUGUAUGAACAUCACUCAAUAAUCAUUGUUUAAAAAAUGGUCAUGUUAAAUAAGAAAUUUUUAGAAAACAAAAACACGGUCAAACUUAUUGGAAAAUGGAAAUGAAAAUGUGGGAGUCAAGUUACAAUCAAAAAAAAAAAAAAAUUAUAAUAAAUGCAUGACGAUGGUAGAACAGACAAAAAUCUACUUCAAUGUACAUCAAACGAAUUUCAUCUGGUAUCGACUAAAAAAUGUGGUUUGGAUUUUGUUUGUUGAAAAAAUUCAUAGAUUAAAAAUUCAUAGAAAACAAGCAGUGCAAAUCAAUAGAGCGAUAGGACCACAUUAUCUUUUUCAUCUAAUGGCUUGUACUAUGUUCGUUUUUGGCGUCACUAUUUCGUGAUUACUUUUUUUUUAAAUAAUAGAACAUGAAGGAAAAAAUUUUCUGGUUUCAUUCAGUAGGACAUUCCCUCAUUACUUAUAAAAAAAUUUUCAUAAAAGUAUAAUGUUUUAAUUGAGAUCUUUGUAGUGUUUCACCAGCCUUAAGGUCUGAAUCUCUCAUAUAAGACGCUUUAUUAUAUUUUUUAUUACUCUGUAGUAAGCAAAUCCUUCCUUGUUUAUCUUCUUGUGCGUUGCGUUGGGCUUAAUACGCAAAAGAAUUAGUAAUUGAGUGUGCAUUUUUUACCCAAAUUGUACAAACAAGUUGAUGCCUACGCUUUAUUAACGUGUCGCCUAGUCUUUAAAAUCUCGGCUGGGUUUCUGAUUCUGGUUAGGCGGCAUUCCAAAUAACAUUCUCAGUAAUUAUUUCGGAGAUAUACUCGCCCCUUCUUCGAUCCGAUACCUGCAAUCUUGAAUAGUUCCUUUCGAAUAGUGUUUUCUCCUUCCUACUUUUUUGCGAAUAUCUCGAACUGACAGCAGUGUUUCCAUAUCUCUUUUUCACAGA